AUGGAUAUGGAGAAUAAUAAUUGGCGUGACCUUGCGCCUUUGCACAGCGGCCUUACAAAUGUUAGAAGUGUUUUGGUUCAAUGUGACACGGCGUUUCAACUGUCUAAGCAACUGAAAAUAAUUCUAGUCGAAAACAACCUAAAUUAUAUAGAGUCAGGAAUUUCAAAGCAUCACUUAAGGUUUUCUUUGAUUGGUGUUGGAUAUUACAGUGAAUUCCUCAACACUCUCAGCAAUAGCGUUUCUCAGGGGUUGGCAGGCAGUGAGUCUUGUGAUGUUUCUCUUCCAAAUGACAAUUAUCCAUAUUGGUUGGCCCAUAUGGGUGAGGGACAUUCUGCCUCUUUCACUAUGCCUCAGAAUUGUGACACGAAGGGAAUGAUUUUGUGUGUUGUUUAUUUAUCAAACCCUGGAAUCGAUGCAACCGAAUGUCUUACAAGUGUCUUGAUUGUGAAUUACACAAAGUGCACAUUCCAGAUACACAAGCGUGACACAGUAUUUUCCUUCAAUGAGGAAGAUUGGCACGGCAUAAUAUCAAAUUUAGGAUCUAGAGACAAAGUGGAGAUUUUUGUGACUUUUGGUCACAAAUUGGUGGUCAAGAACACAGUUGUCUAUCUGAUAUGUGGUGAAUCAAACGAUAUGGAAAUGGAGCCUGCCAAAGGAUAA